AGCGAAGAUGGGUCUCCUAGAGGCUGCAUUGUCGCUGGUGACAGCAACCAACAUCAUUCUGCUCAUCAUCACCGCCUAUGUCGCGCAAACAUAUCUCGCAUCCCGCUCCCUCGCCCAUAUUCCAGGACCCUUCUUGUCGAACUACACCACAAUCCCACUGCUCUGGAAGACCUACCGCGGCACUCUUUACCACGACAUUGGCGAACUCAUAGCAAAGCAUGGUCCGCUCGUGCGUAUCGCUCCCGGGCGAGUCAUCACCGGAUCCGCGAAAACAUGGGCCAAGAUCACGGCAGCUCGCAGCCCGUAUCUUCGAUCCGACUGGAACGAUGCCAUGAGAUUCGCACCGGGUCAAGAUAAUGUCCUCAGCAUGCGUGAUGAGAAAGCGCACUCAGAUCUGAGGAUGAAAAUGGCAGCGGGAUAUUCUGGAAAGGAGAACCCAGAUCUCGAGAAGACGAUCGAUGGCGUGGUGAUGCAAUUCGUGAAAUUGAUCGAGGAGAAGUACCUGAGCGAUGCGGAGCACUUCAAGCCGAUGGAUUUGACAGAGAAGUUUCACUUUUUCACUUUGGACACUAUUACGGCAUUAGCGUUCGGUGAGUCGUUCGGUGAUCUCAAGGACGACAACGACAAGUACGAUUACCUGAAAGAGAUUGAGAAGAGUAUCACUUCCAUCAUCAUGCUGGCUGAUGUGCCUUGGCUGUGGAACUUCCUCGAAAGGACGAAUCUUAUGAGCUUGCUCCUGCCAGGCGAGGAGCUCGGUCUUGGGAAGGCUACGAAGAUUGCGAAAGAUCUCGUGGAUGCAAGGUUCGAAGGAUCGUCAGACGGAAAGCCCACGAUUGACCGGAUGGAUAUGAUGGGAUCUUUCCUCCGCCACUCCCUAACGCGGCAGCAGGUUGAGAGCGAGACUGUUCUACAGUUGAUUGCUGGUAGCGAUACUACUGCCACGGCGAUCAGUACCGUGUUCCUGAACGUACUGACCAGCCCGCCGAUCUAUCAGAAGCUCAUGCGGGAAAUUGAUGAGACCUGCAUUCCAGGUCUUGCCAUCGGUGAUGCAAAGGCCAGGACAAUGAUUUAUCUCCAAGCAUGUAUCAAGGAGAGCCUACGGAUCGCACCACCAGUGUCGGGCGUGUUCCCCAAACUUGUCCCACCUGGCGGCGAAACCAUCGACGGCUACUUCGUGCCCGAAGGAACCAAAAUCGGAUGGUCGUCCAAAGCCGUGACCCAGAACCCGGAACUGUACGGACCCGACGCCUCGUGCUUCCGGCCUGAGCGCUGGAUUCUGCAGACUCACGGCGGUGACUGCGAGAGCGUGGACAAGUUGCUUCAAAUGGAGAGGGACAAUGCGAUGAUUUUCGGAGCGGGAAGAUUCAAGUGUCUGGGUCAGGCUGUGGCGGUUCUGGAGCUGAAUAAAAUUGUGGUGGAGCUAUUGAGGAGCAUGGUGUUUGGAUGA